AUGCUCAGGUAUAGCUCUUUGCCAAUCAAGAGAGUAAUCUCUCAUUCAACACCAAGUGUUACUUUGAUUUCUUCUCGUCUAGCACUGUCGAGAUCGAACAUGAUUCCAUUGUUUAAUCCAAACUUCAAUCGUUGGAACUCAUCAGCGUCAGAGAACUCAAAAAAGGACCCAAAGACGCUGAAUGCAAGCCAGCAAAGUGCGACCAAGGUUUUUCCAGUAAAGGAGAAGGAAAAGUUACCAUUCAAGGUUAAAAUGCAAAAAGCGCUCCGUCAUUAUUGGGAUGGUUCCAAACUUUUGGGGUUGGAGAUGAAGAUUUCUUCCAAACUGUUAAUGAAGAGCGCAGCAGGUUACCCAUUAACAAGAAGAGAGAACCUGCAAUUGAAGAGAACCACCCAAGAUAUUAUUCGGUUGGUUCCAUUUGCUGCUUUCCUUAUUAUCCCAUUCGCAGAAUUUCUUCUACCGUUUGCGUUAAAAUUAUUCCCCAAUUUACUUCCUUCCACCUACGAAUCGAGCAAGAAACGUGAGAAUAAACUAGCAAACCUUAGAAACACAAGAAAGUUGAUGUCUGAAAUUAUUAAAAACAACAAGCCCCAUUUCAAGCCCAACAAUAUUUCUGAGGAACAAAAGGCCCUGUUUAAUAGGUUUUACACACACGUCCGUGCAACAGGGGUGCCUGAAUCUCGCCAACAGUUAAUCGAAGUGGCCAGAUUAUUCACCGAUGAUACCGUACUAGACAACGUCACGAGGCCUUACUUAAUCGCACUGGCCAAAUACAUGAAUUUGCAACCGUUCGGUACGGAUGUGAUGUUGCGUUAUCGUAUCAGAUACAAGAUGCUUGAAUUAAAAAAAGACGAUUUGUCUAUAUAUUAUGAGGAUGCGGAACAACUUUCCCUAUCUGAACUGAAAACUGCAUGCGGCUCUAGGGGUAUCAGAAAUGUGGAUGUGGAGCCCAGCGUAUUGUAUUCGAACUUGAGAUUAUGGCUAAACAUGAGGCUGAAGGACAAGAUUCCAUCAACGUUAUUGAUUAUGGCUACUGCUUACAACUACGGUAACGUACAAUCAAAAGAGACCUUGUACGACGCAUUAUGCGAUGUUCUGAUCAGCAUUCCUGAUGAGCUAUACCAUGAAGUUAAGGUGAACGUCGUCAAAGAAGAUGAAGUGUCUGCCAAGCAAAAAUUGAAACAAUUGCGAGAGCAAGAAGAAAUCAUGAAAGAAGAGGAACAGCAAGAAGAAAACGCUAUUGUUAGCGUUAAAGAUGAACUGAGCUUGGAUGACCAGGACAAGAACAUGGAUGCGGCUGCUCCAGAAGUAAAACCACAAGAAGUCAAAUCUACUGGGGAAGGUGUCACCGCCAAAGAGAGGUAG